UUAAGGCAACCGCGAGAAGAUGUCCAUACGAAUCGCUGGUUUACCAUAAGAAUCAGAUCGAACGAGAGCGGCGGGUUGUUUCGCGUGAAUAAUUGAGAAGAAACACAGGGACAAGGUUUUUUCUGAAUAAUACAAUCCCACCUUUCGACAGAUACCAUCGAAUCGGUCGGAAUUUAAGAGCCCCAUGGGUGCCGAAACUAUGUUUCCUUUAACACAACCUUGGUCCUCUGCUGAUUUAUUUAUUCCCAUUCUAUUUUAUUAACCACCCAAUUUUAACCCACAGUGAUCUGCUUUGAGAAGAAAAACAAGCACAAGAAUCAACCCUUUCUGUACCCACAAAUAUUUGAUCACCUUAUUAUUUUCCGCCACGAAUUCCUUUAUUCCGAAUUUGAACGCGAUUCCCGAGGGAUUUGGACGAUUUCUGCCUAAAGGGUGUUUUCCAGGGGGUUACUCUCUAAGGGUGCUAAUUCAACACCCUCCGGUGCUCAUAAAAUCAUAAUAAUUGACCCAGUGCAACACUUAUCACCAAUUCAAUUAAUAUAAUAACUACAAGUGAUGCUUCGAAAAAUUGAUUAACAAAAUAUCAUUCCAGCAAUCAACCCCAAAAAUGAACGUUCCACAUGAAAAUCCCCUUUCACACGAAUCGAGCACCCAUUCGCAAUGAACAUAGAAAAGUGACUGAAAUUCAAGGAAAUUGUAGAAGGAAAAUUCUUUUCUUGAAAACUGGUGUUUCUUCAAUCGAAGAGAAAAUGGCGAACGGUGGACACGGAGUGGUAGUGAACGGGGUGGGUGCACCAGGUGCUGGCACCCUUUCGCGCGAAGAAAGACGUCGACGCAGAAGAGCGACGCAGAAAUAUCGAACAGCACACGCAACGAGAGAAAGGGUGAGAGUGGAAGCGUUCAAUCUAGCAUUUGCGGAACUUAGAAAACUUCUGCCAACUUUGCCACCGGAUAAGAAGCUGUCGAAAAUUGAGAUUCUACGACUGGCCAUCUGUUACAUCGCCUAUUUGAAUCAUGUCCUCGAAGCUUGAAGGAAAUCAACCCUCUUUUCGGAAGAAUUAUAUUUUUGCAGAGCUUCCUCGAGUGUCGUGACACUUGGAUCGGACCAACUUUCAACCAGAUGGAAUACGUUCAAAUUGAUGUGAUUUUUUCGUUUUCACGAUGGCUCAAAGCGACAUUUCUCGAUCUGAAAAUAAGGACAUCAAAGUGUUAAUAGAAUGUUAUACAAUUUUUUAUCAUGUCUUAAUGGUUUACGGAUACUUAUUCGAAUAAAUUUGAAA